AUGGGAAUGAAAAGGAGAUGCUGUCAAUUACCGUCCUUCAUUCUCUUGUGUGCACUUCUGUUUCUUCUAACCUUUAGACUUGGCUUCUGCUACGAGAGUUCUAAGGUGGUGGCAGGUUGCAUAAAAGCUGAGAAGAAAGCACUUCUCAAAUUCAAAGGUGGUCUCACGGACCCCUCGGGCCGGCUCUCUUCAUGGGUUGGAGAAGAUUGUUGUGUAUGGAGGGGCGUGAUUUGCGACAACAGAACAGGGAACGUUGUGAAGCUAAAACUCCAAAAUCCAUUUCCAAUGAGUUUUUAUACUGAUGGAAUGGAUUAUGAAUUGGGAGGGGUGAUCAGUCUGUCUUUGCUCGACUUGAAGUAUUUGAGGUACUUAGACCUCAGCAAGAAUAACUUUGAAGGCAGUCGAAUUCCAAAUUUCUUUGGAUCUCUCAUAAAGUUAAGGUAUCUCAAUCUCUCUGACGCGUGUUUUGGUGGUGCAAUCCCACGAAGUUUGGGAAACCUUUCUGGCUUGCUUUAUCUAGAUAUCAGCAAUAACUUUGCAAAUUUAGAGGCUAAGGAUUGGAAUUGGAUAUCAAGUCUUUCCUCUCUAAGGUACCUAAAUUUGGGACGUGCGAACCUGAGCAAGGCCUCGUCUCAUUUGCUUCAAAGUGUUAAUUUUCUUCCUUCCCUUGUGGAACUGCACUUGCCUCGAUGUCGGCUUUAUAACCUCUCACCAUCUCUUCCAUCCAUAAACCUCACAUCUCUCUCAGUAGUUGAACUUUCCCACAAUUUCAUCAACUCAAUACCCCACUGGUUAUUAAAUAUCAGUUCCCUAUUGCAACUUGGCCUCAGCUACAACCAUCUCCAAGGUAGGCUUCCAGACAAAUUUGAAGAACUUAUUUCCCUCCAAAAUCUUGACCUCUCUCGAAAUAUUUUAUGGGGAGGCCAGUUGCCGCCAAGUUUAGGAAAGCUUUGCAAUUUGCAUACAUUAAAGCUUUCCAUGAACAAUUUCAGUGGUGAGGUAACUGAACUCAUCAACACAUUAUCAACAUGUAAUAAUAGCAGGUUAGAGACGUUGGACUUGGGAUACAACACUCUGACGGGAAGGCUCCCUAAUUCAUUGGGAUACAUAAAGAAGUUGAGGGAGCUUCGACUGCCGGAGAACAUGUUCAGUGGUUCAAUUCCCGACUCCAUAGGGAACUUAUCUUCCUUGGAGUACUUGUACCUCUCGGUCAAUGAAAUGAGUGGUCGCAUCCCAGGCAAUCUUGGGCAGCUCUCAUCAAUGAUAGUGCUAGACCUCUCAGAGAAUUCAUGGCAAGGUGUUAUAACUGAGACCCAUUUUGCAAAUCUCUCAAGCUUAAAGGAGUUGCAAAUAACCAAACAUUUGCCAAAUAUUUCAGAGAUUUUCAAAAUUGACCCUCGUUGGCUUCCUCCGUUCAAACUUAGAUACAUUAACAUCAGAAAUUGUGAAUUGGGUACCAAAUUUUCCACAUGGCUUGAAAGUCAAAAUGAGCUGAGAACUGUGGUACUCCAGAAUGUUCGAAUUUCGGGGUCCCUACAUGAUUUGCUCUUGAAAUUGGAUUUGCCUCUCGAUAAACUGGAUGUCUCUCACAACAACUUAAGUGGACAAGUGCAUAACUCAUUUCGUUUCAACUACGGAUCCACAGUUGAUCUACGGUCAAACUGCUUCGAGGGCCUUCUACCACUCUGGUCUUCCAAUGUUAGUGAACUUUAUCUGGGGAGUAACUUGUUCUCCGGACCAAUUCCUCCAGAAAUUGGCGAAGAAAUGCCAUUAUUGACGUACUUGGACAUCUCAUCCAACCAUCUAAAUGGUAGCAUCCCCUUGUCCCUAGGCAAUUUAAAAUAUCUCUACUACCUGGACAUCUCGAACAACAAUUUUUCUGGUAAGAUCCCAAGCUUCAUUGGCUCUUUAAGUUCCCUUGGAUAUUUGUUUCUGGGUAGGAACAGGUUUUCUGGUGAAGUCCCUUCCAGCUUGCAAAACUGCACAAGAAUGGGUAUUCUUGACAUUGGUGACAAUCGACUCUCUGGAAAUCUUCCUUCUUGGACCGGAGAAGCCAUGCCAACUUUAUUGAUUUUUCGUGCCAGGAACAAUUCCUUUACAGGGGACAUUCCUUGGCAAUUCUGUGGCCACUCUUAUCUUCACAUAUUGGACCUUUCAAACAACAAGCUCACUGGGAUAAUCCCAACUUGUUUAGGGGAUUUGAUUGUCUUUAAAUAUGAUUUGUAUCAUUGGUUUUCUAAGAUACAUAAUAUCAGCUUGUUGCUGGUCACUAAGGGUAGAAUAAUGGAGUACAAAGCAAGAACCCUUGACCUUGUGAAGAUUCUCGAUCUCUCCAGCAAUAACUUAUCCGGUGGCAUUCCACAAGAACUGACCACACUUGGCAUGUUGGGCACCUUGAACUUGUCAAGGAAUCUGUUGACAGGAAAGAUCCCAGAGAUGAUUGGGGACUUGGAAGAUUUAGAAACCCUCGAUCUUUCCCACAACAAAUUUGUGGGUGAAAUCCCAGCAAGCAUGGCCUCUUUGACCUUUCUAAGUCACUUGGACCUAUCGUUUAACAAUUUGUCUGGUGAAAUACCUACAAACAACCAGUUUCAUACCUUUAACGAUCCAUCCAUUUACGAGGGUAAUCUUGCGCUUUGCGGGAUUCCGUUGGCAACCAAAUGCAGUGGCAGUGGCGAGACACCUUCUAGUGGGGGCAAAGGUGAUGAAGACGCUGAAGGUCGGUUGGAGAAGCUAUGGUUCUACUUGACUGUAGCACUAGGAUUCUUCAUGGGAUUUUGGGGAGUCUGUGGUAGUUUGACGAUUAAGAGACGGUGGAGACUUGCAUUCUUCCGUUUUCUCAAGAAAAUAACAAAUGAAAUUACUGGAUUAGUCUGCCUAAUGGCUAAUUAG